AUGACCAAAGCACUAAUCUACGGCACCGGCUCAAUAGGAUCUGUAUAUGGAUACAUUCUGCACAAGGCCGGGGUUGACGUCACAGCCAUAUGCCGCAGCAACUACGAGGCCGUCAGCAAGAACGGCAUAACAAUCCACUCGGCGCUCUGGGGCGAUGUUCACUAUCGGCCCCAUGUAGCUCGGUCUGUGGAGGAGAGCAGCUCUCAUUGCCCAUUCGAUUUCAUCCUCGUUUGCACCAAGGCCUUUGGUGGCCGGGAAACCGCUCUUGCACUUCAGCAAGUCGUCUCGCCGGAUACAGCUAUUGUCGUUGCUCAGAACGGGAUUGAGGUGGAGAAAGAAUACCACCAACUAUUUCCCCAGAACACCAUUAUAUCCGGCGUCGUCUGGCUCCCAGCCAGUCCCGUCGAGCCAGGUGUGGUGAAAAUGGGCGCGAUGGAACGCAUAGAGAUGGGCACAUAUCCAGCUCAUGUUGGAUCACAAGUCAAAGUCGAACAAUUAGCCUCCCUCUGGACCUUGGGCGGCGGCACGCCGAUAGUGCAUCAAGACAUCCAGGCAAAGCGAUGGGAGAAACUCGCGGUCAACUGUGCGUUCAACCCCAUGGGUGCGUUGAGUCGGUGCGAUGGGGCGAAUCUGCUUUUGUCGAGUGAGAUGGCAGAUGAGACUGUGAUGGGAGUUUUGCGGGAAGUAAGCAGUGUCGCUGCUGCCGUGGGGUAUGAACCUAGUGAGCGAUUUGUGGAGGAGAAUAUGGCCUGCCAUCGUGCGAGCAAACAGACAGGGGGCAAGGAGCAGAGUAUGCUCGUCGAUGUGAAGGCUGGCCGACCGCUUGAAGUCGAGGCGAUCUUUGGGAACACCGUUCGGAUUGCGAAGGAGCAUGGCGUUCAGGUGCCUCGCCUUGAGAUGUUGUUCUGUUUAGCACAGGCGUUGAACUUUUCGAUUCAAAGGCCUCCGGGACGGUGGAAGCCGCUGAUGAGCUAG